UUGUUGCAUUUACCACAAACAUGACCACUGCAACACCCACACUCUUCCAAUCUCUCCCGCCAAUUCCACCUCCUACAACUCCGCGAAUCAGCCAUCACCGACCUCCACCACCGGCGCUCAGUCAAGUCACCGGACGGAGAAGACCGACGUCGUUUCCGUUUCGGAUUGUCUGCUCUAGAAGCCAAGAUGAUUAUCACGCCACUCUCAAGGCCCUCAAUUCCAGAGGUCGCUUUCCGAGAAAAUCUCUCGGCCAGCAUUACAUGUUGAAUUCUGAAAUUAAUGAGCAGCUUUCUCUUGCGGCUAAUGUUAAGCAAGGGGAUGUGGUAUUAGAGAUUGGACCUGGAACUGGAUCUCUGACCAACGUACUUAUAAAUGCUGGCGCUGUCGUCCUUGCAAUCGAAAAGGAUCCACACAUGGCUGACCUUGUGAGAGAAAGGUUUGCAGGGGACCAGUUCAAGGUUUUGCAAGAGGACUUCACUAAGUGUCACAUUCACUCCCACAUGAUCUCAUUGUUGGAAAGUAGAAAGUCUUUAGCUGCAAACUCAAGCUUUGCAAAGGUUGUUUCGAACAUACCCUUCAAUAUUAGCACAGAGAUUGUCAAGCAACUUCUUCCAAUGGGCGACAUCUUUUCAGAAGUUGUUCUUUUACUCCAGGUUAGUAUUUGUGUAACA